AUGAGAAGAUUAAGCAGUUUGUUUUCCUCCUUUUGGACCACCAAGAAAGAAUCAUCAACCACAGAGCCCUCCGAUGGUCAUCUCGACAUUUCGUUUGAACCUGUCUACACCAAUAACAACAACAACAACUCACAAGGAGCCAUUCUUCGUAGCAACAAGAAUUUACAACUCUCUCCUCAAGAACAAGAACUUGUCGAAUUCAGUGAAAAGAUUGUCGAUCUCGUUUUCGUUUGUGACAAUACAGGUUCCAUGUCGGGUGAGAUCAAUGUAGCCAAAGAUACCAUUCAAACCAUUAUUACUUCACUACAUGAUCAUUUCAAGUCAGAUUUGAGAUUCUCUGCUGUGAGUUAUCGUGAUCAUAGUGACGACUAUGCUGUGAAAGAAUUUCCAUUCACUCGGAAUGUUCAGGUUGCCAAAUCCUACAUUCAAGAAAUGUUUGCAGAAGGAGGUGGAGAUUAUCCAGAAGCUUUGGUGAGUGCUUUAAAAGUCGUCUCUGAAAUGCCAUUCAAUAAGAAGGGAAAGAAGAUUGUCAUUUGGAUUGCUGAUGCUCCUCCACAUGGAAUGGGAGCAAGUGGUGAUUCGUAUCCAGAGGGAUGCAAAGAUGAGAAUAAUCAAGUCAUUGACUGGAUCAAAUUGGGAGAUUACUUGAUGGAGAAGGGAUGUGUGUUUUAUACUUUAAUUUGUGAGAGAUCACAAAAUGAUCAACAACUCACUCUCUUCAUGGAUUAUCUUGCAACGAAAACUCAUGGAAAAUGUCUCUUGUUGACCAAUGCGAAUAAGGUUCCAAAUAUAAUUAUCAAUGGAUGUAUUGAAGAUGAUGAAAUGGAUAAACUUAUUGCAGAGAAGAUUAAGGAAAUUGGUGAAGAGAGAGCCAAGCAAAUGAAAGAGGAAGAACUUGCAGAACAGCUUCAAAAGUUGACAGAGAAUCACAAGGUGCAACAAGUCCAAACCUAUGAAGUGAUUUCAAGUAAUACGAAACAAUUGUUGGAAUGUGAUUCUCUUUCUAAGGUAGAUCGUAACUUGUACUGCAAUGCUUCGAAUAGUGUGAAAAAGAGUGGAGUCUCACGGACCGAUGAGACACAGUUCAAUUAUGGAGAGGUACUUUGCGAGGCACCAAGUUACAGCCAAGUCUAUAAAGCUUGUAAGAGAUGGAAGUAA